AUGAGCACACCAAUAGAUUCAAUCCCACCUGCAGAUGCCAGCGAAGCCUCUGCUUCGAGUUCAGCUUCCGCUCUUCAAGCCAAUGGUCUAGCUGAUCAACCUCAGCCAUCAACGUCGACACUUACUCCUGCUCCUGCCUCUGGUGCUGAAGAAAUAAAUAUGGAAGAAGAUGGAGGUAUCAAAGUCUAUAAACCUAUAUCAGAGUCCACCACACCAACAUCUAAGACCGAACCUGACGAAUCCUUUUUCGAACCUACCCUUGCGGACGUACAAUCCCACCAUUCUUCCGUGCUUGCUAGGAACAAACGUUUGAACGAGGCUCCGCUCUUGACGGCCAAGUAUAGAGAGGCGGAGAAGGCUGAGAGGGAGAAGUUGAAGAAGGAUAGAUGGCCUAAUACUACGAUUAGAAUUAAAUUCUCUGAUGGGACUAUUAUACAAAACAUAUUCCCAAGUGAUUCGCCUAUACAACCUGUCUACGAAUUCAUUCGAACGGCUUUGAUAGAAGAGGUAAUAAGUGAACCAUUCAUACUUUACCAACCACCCCGAACUAAAUAUCCUGAAUAUCCCAUCCCAAUCCCAUCCUCUUCCACCCAAUCCAAAUCCAAGUCAAAACCAACUUAUGCCAAAUCAUCCAUAAUCACUCCAGCAAAUUACGGUCCGGUGAAAGGCGGGACAUUACAAGGUUUGCAAGGUGGUACGGGAGGUAAAGAGACGUUGUAUGAAUUGGGAUUGGUACCGCAGAGUGUAUUGUUGGUAAGGUGGGAAGAUGAUGAGGCUAUGAAUGCAAGCUCUUACCCUGCUCCCAUUCAAGGUCACUUGAAAGCAAAAUCACAACCCCUUCCACCGUCUGUUCCCAGAUCAGACUCGAAUUCGACAAAUCAGCAGAAAGGUACUAUACCAGGACCGGGACAAGCAUCAGCAGGACCAGGUGAGAAGAAAAUACCAAAGUGGUUACAGAAAGGUCUUCUUAAGAAGAAGACUUGA